AUGGUCCAAGAUAUCUUCCGCGACUCUACUAUCGGCCAGGCCAUUAAUUACAUUUCCGACGGGCGUCUCUUCCCUUACGCAGACCAGCGACCAGAUUUCAUAGUCCCUCCUCAAUUCCUACUUCCCUGUGACAGAAAAACGACCUCUACCGCCCCAGAGUCAGACGCGACAACAAUCUGUGGCGACGCCGAUAAAUCUGGCAAAAGAAUUUCGACGCCUGGCACUCGCCUGACGAGAGAAGAUACCAUAACUAUAGAUGGCGCUGAGGAGCUAGCGGAAAAGCAGAUCGAUGAAGCUCUCCAGUCAGAUCCAUACAUUGUGGGGUGGUACGGGGACGACGAUCCAGAAAAUCCAAGAAACUGGUCACCGAAAAAGCGUGCUUUUGUUGCAUUCAGUAUCAGUUUGCUUACGUUUAGCGUGUAUAUUGGCUCCGCCAUAUAUACCCCCUCCAUUCCGGGAAUAAUGACAGCUUUCAACGUUUCUCUCACUAAGGCCACACUUGGACUAACACUUUAUGUACUUGCCUACGGCAUUGGACCUAUGUUCCUGUCUCCUCUUCAAGAACUCCCUAGCUUAGGCCGCAACCCUGUGUACAUGAGCACUCUUCUCCUUUUCGUCAUCUUCCAGAUACCUGUUGCCACCUCCAAGAACAUCAGCACUAUCCUCGCAUUCCGGUUUCUUACAGGCUUCGUCGGUAGUCCUGCGCUCGCCACCGGAGGAGCAUCCAUGGGAGAUAUCUAUCCUAUGCACCAGUUUGCAUAUGUGCUCGGUAUAUGGGCGCUCGGGGCGGUUGCUGGACCUAUCACUGGACCUGUGAUCGGCGGGUUUGCAGCUCAGGCCAAUGGCUGGCGAUGGCCUCAAUAUGAGCUUAUCUGGAUCGCUGGAUUCUCCCUCAUCUUUCUGCUGCUGCUUCUUCCCGAGACGUAUGAGCCGACAAUCUUGCUGAGGAGAGCGCAGCGACUGAGGAAGCUCACGGGUAACCAGCAGCUCAGGUCUCAAAGCGAGAAGGCUUCCGAGGGAGAGUCCUUCCCGGAAAUCAUGAAAGAGGCACUUAUCAGACCAUUUAUUCUUGCCAAGGAACCGGUUUUGAUGUUCGCCAACGUUUACAUUGGAUUUGUUUACGCUAUAUUCUACCUCUGGUUUGAAGCGUUCCCGCUCGUUUUCACCGAUAUAUACCACUUCAACUUGGGCACCAGUGGCUUGCCAUUCCUUGCUUUCGUCGUAUCCGGCGCGAUUACAUACCUGGUCUACGUUCUCUAUCAAAUGUACCACAUCGCCCCUCGAUAUGCCAGAGCCUUUGCCGAGGGAAAAGAAGUUGCACCCGAAAUUCGGCUUGAGAUCGGCCUCAUGGCAAGCAUAUUCAUCCCGACAAGUGUCCUUAUCUUUGGAUUCACAUCCAAAGAAAGCAUUCAUUGGAUCGUUCCCAUUAUCGGUGCCUCACUUUAUCUCCCUGGCAUCUACCUUUCCUUCCAAAGCAUACUCACGUACGUUACAUCGUCCUACCCUGCGUAUGCAGCCUCGGUCCUCGCUGGAAAUGACCUCUUCCGUUCAACGAUCGCCAGCGUCUUUCCUCUCUUCGGACGUGCAUUCUUUGUCAACCUUGGUUUGGGUCCCGGGUCUGCGCUGCUGGCAGGUAUCUCAUUUUUAAUGAUGCCCGCCUUUUUGGCACUGUGGAAAUGGGGCCACAUAUUAAGAGAAAGAUCCAAGUACGCUCAAGGCCCAUAG